CUAGAGUCCAGUGGCAGCGAGCUUUACAACAUUGUAUCUGACACUUUGAUUGCACUUGGUGAUGUAAGGCUUGGAUGCAACUGUUUGGCCAUGGAAAUCCAGUCCAUGAUGCUCUCUAUGCACAGUUGUUGUGCUAAUAUGAAAGCCACUCAAAGUUUGGAAGUCUUUAGCUAUUGACUCUACAGACAGUUAGCGACUUCUGUGCACUGUGCACUGUGCGCUUCAGCAUGCGCUGACCCCACUCUGUUAUUUUACGUGGCCUACCACUUUGUGGCUAAGUUGCUACUGUUCCCAGUUGCUUCCACUUUGUUAUAAUACCACUAACAGUUGACCAUGGAAUAUCAUGGUACCACGCUUGAAUUCACUAAGCUCCUGAGAGUGACCCAUUCUUUCACAAAUGUUUGUAGAAGCAGUCUGCAU